AUGCGCCUGCUCCAGUACACGAGCCUGCUCGCGCUCGCCGCGCCCUCUGUGUACGCGGCCUCAUGGGGCUUCGCUGAUGCCACCGUGUCAGUUCACUCCAAGUCUGCGCCAGCGAGCAUCAAAGAAAGCCUGAAGGAAAACACGCCUCUGUCCACGGCCAUUUCGCUCGGCGCUUCGGAUUCCCUCAAGCUUCUGCUCACGGCGCAGGAAGGAAGCAGCGCAAAACGACCCCAUCAAGCCUUUUUACUGCUGAAAGACCCCAGCUCCGGCCUGGACGUCGCUUAUCCUUUCAGCGUCAAAGACAAUGGCAAGUCCAAGGUGGAACUGACUCACAAAGACAUCCCCGUACAAUUCUUGGCCGCUUCAGAACCUGUCGACGCAGAAAUUGUGAUUGGCUCGUUCGGAGCCUCUCAACCCUAUCGCAAUCUCGCCUUCCAGUUAGCAAUCAGCGGCGAGGCCAAUGCGCCAGCCGCGUCUGAUUCUGUGGAAAGAUACGGAAAGCAGCCUGAGAUACACCACAUCUUCAAGGCAGGCCCCAAGAGCCCUCCAGCUCUGAUCACCUUGAUCUUCCUGCUGGCGACAUUGGUGACGAUUCCGAUAUUGGCUGCAGCGUGGAUGCUCUUGGACGUGAACUUCAACCACCUCCCUGUCGCCCUGAAAUCCGCUCCGAUCCCUCACAUUGUGUUCGUGGCGUCGGUUGUUGGUUUGGAGGGAAUCUUUUUCCUGUACUAUACCACCUGGUCCCUUUUCCAGAUGCUUCCGGCUUCUAUCGCAGUUGGUGCUAUUGCUUUCCUGAGCGGGAGCCGCGCGUUGAGCGAGGUCCAAGAGCGACGACUAGCUGGCCUGCGAAUAAAACAAACCAAAAUGGGCACCUCUGCAUCCAAGCCUGCGCGAUCAGCAGCCGCCGCGGCCUCUCGUCGCCAAUACCCCAAGAAAGCGUCGCCGGGCACGACAAAAGCGCCGCCGCAAAAACAGUCGAGCAGCGCCACAUCUGGGCCAACCUACCAUUCGAAUGAGCAGGCCUCGUCGUUACGUUCUGAGGCAAUCGACCUCGAUGCUCGCGACCCUCAUUUCGCCGCCUCUCUACGCUCCAUCGGACCGGUGACGCCGAAUCCAACUUUGUCGAAUUCGAGUACUUUCAAUAUUAAUAAUAACAAUAUUCAACCGCAAAAUCAACAGAGAAUAUCAGUCUUCCCCGAUGCGAAUAAUAAUCCCGCGCUUCUGGUGCUUUCGUCUCGAGAGCGGAUCGCAAAAGCCGCGGAAGAAGAACUCGAUUCCCUUGGACGACAGAGCCACCAAGGACGGGAGUUUCUAGAUGCAAUGACUAUCCGUCAGGUUUUGUCGAUGCGGGAUAGGCAGGGACUGGCAGCUGGGGAUAUUGAGCGAUUGUUGCGACUGAAGAAGGGGGUUGUUGGGAGACUUGGGGAGAAAGGUGUUGUUAGCGAGGCUGGUUAG